AUGACAUUUUCCGAUCAAUUACAGAUUCUACUUGAGCAACAACAGCAGUGUUUCAAAAAUAGCCAGUUACGUUUUUUAGAAAAUUUACGCACACGGUUGAUGAAUCUCCCAUGUUUCGGAGAUGCGACAGAAGUUGGUAAGUUCAUUUCUCAUCUGCAUACUGAGCUGGAAAAUAGCUGCAGAACAUAUGAAGCUGUCUAUAAAAGCCUCUGUGAAUCUCGGACGAGCAGUAAUAUAAACGAGACAGUCAUUCAUGACCCGCCCAGUUGUCCAGAAAUGUCCAAUUCAGAAACAUUCCCUGUCGUGGGUUCAAAUCCCACUGUUCCUGAAACAUGUACAGACAGUGAUGUACCCAGUUCACAGGAAGAAGAUCUCUUAUUAAAUGCUCAUAAAUUAAUUGCAGUACCCGCCCACAAGGAAACAGGAAACAAAUCAUGCAGUAUACUGAGUCCAGCUGUUCCAAAUGGUCCUCAUCAUUCAACAACAGGAGAUUCUGAUGAAUCUUAUUAUCUAGAUCCUCUUGUACCAGCAAACGUGUUAGAUGCAUCAAUCGAUGAUCAGAAAUCUAAUACAAUUUUGAUAGAUGUUGAUUAUCCCAGUGAUCAACUAUCUACAAAUGAGGUUUUCAAGGAAUCCCAUGACAAUGUUCCAGAAGAAUCAAACGUUGAUGACCUCAUAUCAAGCGAUGUUAUCCCCACUAUCUAA